AUGUUCACAGGCUGGCUGGCUCUUACCCUCCUAUCUGUGCUGAGCCUGGGUACCCAGGCCUUCAACAAUCAGCUCCUCAAAUGCUUUGAGGACCCCAAGUAUGAAGAGCUGGUUCAACUGGCUCAAGACGGACUUGGGAAGACAGCUGAAAGGAAACACAUAGUGGUGAUUGGGGCAGGUAUGGCUGGGCUCACUGCUGCGAAGAUCCUGCAGGAUGCUGGCCAUCAGGUGACUGUCCUAGAGGCCUCAGGACGUGUCGGUGGCAGAAUAGAGACCCUCAGAGUUCCUGGAGCACAGUGGUACAUGGAACUGGGUGCCAUGAGAAUCCCUCUCACACACAGGCUCUCUCGUGAGUUUGUUAGGAAGUUUGGGCUGACCCUCCAGGAGUUCUACCAACAUAACAACCAGACCUGGGUACUGGUUAAUGGAGUGCGUCAGCGCACAGGGGAUGUGCAGGCUGACCCUGGCCUGCUUGGCUACCGAGUGAGAGCAGAUGAGAUAGGGAAGACAGCUGAAAAGCUCUUUGAUGAAUCACUGCAGAAGAUUGUGGAGGAGCUGAAGAGCAGAAGCUGCAGCCAGAUACUGGAGAAGUAUGACUCCUUCUCCACCAAGGUCAGUCCUGAGCCCCCUCCAUCUGCUGCCCAUCCCCCACCCUGCCACAGUUCCCCAGAAACCACUCCAGAGUACCUGAUCAAGGUGGGGAAUCUGAGCCUCGGGGCAAUGCAGAUGAUCCAGGACCUGCUGAGCGAAGAUUCUGCCUACUAUAAGUCCUUCACAGACACCCUGCAUGUCUUCCUCUCCUUCUUCCAGGACCCCCAGUUCCAUGAAAUCACCGGGGGCUUUGACCAACUCCCCCAAGCCUUGCAUCAUGCCCUCUUUCCAGGAACAGUCUGGUUUCACUCACCAGCAGAAGAAGUGGAGAUGUCCAGAGACCAAGUCCUCAUCACCUACAGGACACCAGACCCUCUGCAGCCCAGAGCACGCCUGAGUGCUGAUUUCGUGGUGGUGGCCACCACUGCCAAGGCUGCCCGGCUCCUUCGAUUCCAACCACCCCUCUCCAUCAGCAAGGAGGAUGCUCUACAUUCGGUCCACUACAAUAGUGCCACCAAAGUGAUUCUGGCCUGUACACAGCGUUUCUGGGAACGUGACGGCAUCUUUGGUGGCAAGUCCAUCACGGACCGCCCUUCCCGCUUCAUCUACUACCCCAGUCACAUCUUCCCCAAUGGUACAGGGGUCAUCUUAGCAUCCUUUACCAUGGAGGAUGACUCCUUGUUCUUUUCUGCUAUGAACCAUGCCCGUGUGGUGGAUGUUGUCUUGGAUGACCUAGCUGCUGUCCAUGACUACCCAAAAGAGGAGCUGCAGAGCCUGUGCCCCUACUCCAUGGUCAAGCACUGGGGCCAGGAUCCUUAUUCCUUCGGUGCCUUUGCCUUUUUCACCCCCUAUCAAUAUGUGGACUAUGCCCAAGAGCUCAGCCGUCCAGAAGGGCAUGUCUACUUUGCUGGUGAGCACACAGCCUUGCCACAUGGCUGGAUUGACACUGCCAUUAAAUCAGGGCUCAUAGCAGCAAAGAGCAUACAAGAGGUUGUAGACUUGGCUUUAACAAGAGGUCUUGGGGACACAAAAGAGCCCUACUCUAAAACUGAACUAUAG